AACGCAUCCCACGCUGCAGAGCGAGCGAGCCGAGGAAGAGGAGGAUGCGCCUCGGGGACAUCAGACCGAGCCAAACGGAGAGCAUCUGAGGUCACUUCUCCACCGCUUGACCCGCAGAGCGCAGUGAGGGUCAGCAUGCUGCCCAACGGCUCAUUCCGGAGUCUGGAGGACGGCUCGUUCCUCAACGCGUCCGGCAACGAAACGCACGGCGAGUCUCACGGCAGCGCGAUCCUCAUCUCCUUCGUCUACUCGGUGGUGUGUCUGGUGGGGCUCUGCGGCAACUCCAUGGUCAUCUAUGUCAUUUUCAGGUACGCCAAGAUGAAAACGGCCACCAACAUUUACAUCCUGAACUUGGCGAUCGCGGACGAGCUGCUGAUGCUGAGCGUGCCGUUCCUGGUGACCUCCUCGCUGCUUCACCACUGGCCGUUCGGCUCCUUCCUGUGCCGUCUGGUUCUGAGCGUCGAUGCCAUCAACAUGUUCACCAGCAUCUACUGCCUGACCGUGCUGAGCAUUGACCGCUACAUCGCCGUGGUGCACCCGAUCAAAGCCGCCCGCUACAGGAGACCCACCGUCGCCAAAAUGGUCAACUUGGCUGUGUGGAUGUUCUCUAUUCUGGUCAUCCUGCCCAUCAUCAUCUUUUCCACCUCUACCCCGAACUCGGACGGCUCGGUGGCUUGCAACAUGCAGAUGCCCGAGCCGCAGCGCCGGUGGAUGGCCGUGUUCAUCGUUUACGCGUUUCUGAUGGGCUUUCUUUUCCCGGUCAUUGCCAUCUGCAUGUGCUACGUCCUGAUCAUAGUCAAGCUGCGGGUGGUGGCCCUGAAAGCGGGCUGGCAGCAGCGCAAAAAGUCCGAGCGGAAGAUCACGCUCAUGGUCAUGAUGGUGGUGACCGUGUUCGUGAUCUGCUGGAUGCCUUUCCACAUCGUGCAGCUCGUCAACGUGUUCGUGGAGCAGCAUAACGCCACGCUCAGUCAGCUGGCCGUGGUUUUGGGUUACGCCAACAGCUGCGCCAACCCCAUCCUGUACGGAUUCCUGUCGGACAAUUUCAAACGCUCCUUCCAAAGAAUCCUGUGCCUUCGGUGGAUGGACAGCGCGGCCGAGGAGCCCAUCGACUACUACGCUACAGCGCUGAAAAGUCGGGGGUACAGUGUGGACGAAUUUCAGCCGGACAAUAUGGAGUCAGACAGCGCGUACAGGAACGGGACGUGCACCUCCAGAACUACAACGCUGUAGUGCUGCAGUGUUUAACUGACUGAACAAACCGCCAGAUCACAAGUGUAUUUAUUUUAUUUUACUAUCGGUGUGUGUGUGUGUGUGUGUGUGUGUGUGUGUGUGUGUGUGUGUGUUUGUGUGUUUGUGUAGGCGAAUUCUACUGACGUUAUUAAAGUUGUAUGACAUGAUAACAACGAUUAUGCGCCAUUCGUCUUAAAAGAAAAGAAUCGAUUUGAUAAAUGCUUCACUGGUGUAACGCCUGUAUGGAAGACGUUCCCACCAGACAGAGGAAAACACAUGCCCACUUUUCUCCUUUUCUUUCUGGCAGCACUAUGUCAAAUUUGCGACUUAAUAUCUCGACAUAAUUACCAAUUUUCUAAAAAAUGUCCACUUACUGUGUGGAAAUAAUAAUUGAUUGUCUCGUAAUAAUGACUUACUAUAUCGAAAUAAUGACUUAUUUCCUUAAAAU